AUGUCCGUCAUCCUUGUAACUGGAGGAUCAGGUCUCGUCGGAAAAGCCAUCGAGCAUGUUAUCAACACCGAGUCCGAAGGCUCGAGGUUCGGAAAGAGGGCUGGAGAGACAUGGAUAUUCGCUAGGUCCUCUGAAGGGGACUUGAGAGACCCCGAACAGACGCGUAAAUUGUACGAGAAGUACAAGCCUACUCAUGUUAUCCAUCUCGCAGCACUAGUCGGCGGUCUCUUCAAGAACAUGAAGUAUAAGUUGACCUUCCUCCGGGACAACAUCCUCAUUAACGACAACGUCCUACAUGCAUCAUACGAACACAAAACCCAAAAAGUGAUCUCCUGUCUCUCUACAUGUGUCUUCCCCGACAAAGUCGAAUAUCCGUUGGACGAGACGAAGAUCCAUAGUGGGCCUCCUCAUGAGAGUAACUUUGGGUAUGCGCACGCAAAACGGAUGGUGGAUGUUCAGAACCAUGCAUACAAGGAGGAGUUUGGGUGUAACUUCACUUCCGCCAUCCCUACGAACGUGUUUGGGCCGCACGAUAACUUCGAUCUUGAAGAUUCGCAUGUCAUUCCCGGCUUGAUUCACAAAUGCUAUCUCGCGAAGAAGAACGGCACACCGUUUGUCGUCUCCGGAACCGGGAAACCCCUCCGACAAUUCAUCUUCUCUUACGAUCUCGCCAAGCUCUUCAUCUGGAUGUUGCGAGAGUACGACGACGUGGAGCCCGUCAUCCUGUCUGUCGGCGAAGACGAGGAAGUCAGCAUCAAGGAGGUUGCAGACGCCAUUGUCAAGGCCGUCGGCUUCCAGGGUGAUUACAGCUUCGACACCACCCGUGCAGACGGCCAAUUCCGCAAACCCGCGUCGAACAAGAAGCUACUCUCCUUGACAGGCGGAUUCCAGUUCACGCCGUUCGACCAAGCGCUCGACCUUACUGUCAAGUGGUUCCUCGAAAACUACAGCAACGCCCGCAUCGGCAAUGUCAAAGCGUAG